AUGUUCUCUGCUCAGCACAGAGAUAUCUGCGCAGAUCGGGGUUGUGAAAGUUGUCGGGAUUUAUCUGAAAACGUUCAUUGUACUUGUAUUUCUAAUAUUAAACGGGCCAAGCCUUCUUCGGAUAAUAAUAUGCCUGUUGAUCAGAAAAAGAAACGUUUGCAUAAUAACAGUUUAUCUCUUUCUAUGGCAAAAAAAGAUUGUAUUGAUACAUUUACUUCUUGGUCAAGUGGGGAUCAAGUUGAUUUUAUUUGCCAUUUACUCUCAAAAAUUUCACAUUUCCAACAAAGCCAAAUCAAUGACUUCCUGGAACCUCUCCUUAAACGUGAUUUCAUUGUUGCACUUCAAAAUCGUGGUGUCCCAUAUCUUGCUGAAAUGAUUUUAGUUCAGUUGGAUGCAUCUAGUCUGCUUUCAGUUGAACUUGCUUCCAGAGGAUGGCAAUGGAGUGUGGCAAAGUACCAGCUUUGGCGUCGUUUACUCGCUCGCCGAGUAGCCACAGAUCCAGUGUGGCAUGGUCUAUGCGAACGUCGAGGGUGGAUUGAGUUUAUCGAUCAUUCCGAUCCGGCUUAUUUACCAGCAUUACUUGAAAGGCGUCGAGUUCCUAUAGGGAUCAGGCAUAAACUAACUGAAUUCUCCCCAUUCCUUGAUGGCGGAUCUUGUAUGGAAUGUGAAGCCUCCAAGCUUUCGCCAAAGUUAGAGUCAACUAGUAGUACAAAUCAGCAAUAUCCUCUAGUUUGUCAGUGUCACUUAGGCAACCAACAUGCUUUAGUUUAUCCUGGUGACUCAAAUACCCAAAUAUCAAGAACUCAAAGUACCCGUUUUCAAGAGAUUCCACUACUGACACUCCCAGUGCACCAGGUUGUUCAUUAA